GGCUAGAGCACAGUCUUUUUUGUCGAGCAUGCUUUGGAAUGGUUCGGCCAACUCCUCUGAGAGUGACAAUGAAGCUCAUUCAGCCUUUACACAGACUGAGCACAACAUAGUUGCAGCUUACUUAAUAACAGCAGGAGUGGUAAGCAUUUUCAGUAACAUUGUUGUGUUAGGCAUCUUUGUUAAGUACAAAGAACUUCGGACAGCAACCAAUGCAAUUAUUAUCAACUUGGCUUUUACUGACAUUGGUGUUAGUGGCAUUGGUUACCCCAUGUCUGCUGCCUCAGACCUACAUGGAAGUUGGAAAUUUGGAUAUACUGGAUGCCAGAUCUAUGCUGCCUUAAAUAUCUUUUUUGGAAUGGCAAGUAUUGGUUUGCUUACUGUUGUUGCAGUUGACCGUUAUCUAACUAUCUGCAGACCUGAUAUAGGAAGGAGAAUGACUACCCGUAACUAUGCCACUCUAAUCCUUGCUGCUUGGACAAAUGCAGUCUUUUGGGCCUCCAUGCCUGCUGUAGGCUGGGCCAGCUACGCUCCUGAUCCAACUGGAGCAACGUGCACAGUAAACUGGAGGAAAAAUGAUGCGUCAUUUAUUUCCUACACAAUGAGUGUAAUUGCUGUUAAUUUUGUUGUACCCUUAACAGUCAUGUUUUACUGUUACUACAAUGUUUCCCAGACGAUGAAACAAUAUGCAGCCAAUAACUGCUCAGAGAGCCUCAAUAUAGACUGGUCUGACCAAGCAGAUGUAACAAAGAUGUCUGUUGUGAUGAUUGUGAUGUUUUUGGUGGCAUGGUCUCCAUAUUCCAUUGUGUGUUUGUGGUCUUCCUUUGGAGACCCAAAGAAAAUUUCUCCUGCAAUGGCCAUCAUAGCUCCUCUGUUUGCAAAGUCUUCCACAUUCUACAAUCCUUGCAUUUAUGUAGUUGCAAACAAGAAGUUUCGGAGGGCAAUCCUGGCAAUGGUACGAUGUCAGAGACGACAAGAGAUAACUAUAAACAAUGUCUUGCCCAUGAGUGUAUCUCAGAACGCACUGACAUCGUAAAACUUCCUUCAUUUGCCUGCAUAUGUUGAAUGGAAAGGAGUCAAACCUGGGUUACAGUUAUUUGUUUGGUACAGUAAUCUGCCUCAUCCAGCUAGCUGUUUUCUGCUAAUCACAGUUACGUUUUAGAUCGUUUAAAAAGAAAAAGGAAAAAAGUUUAGACUUAGUUUCAGGGAAUGAGGCUGAAUGGCCUAGUAUGCCUGCUCCAAACAAAGGAGGUCAGUGAAAUCUUCUUUGGACUCUUGGACAAGAUGAGGUAGGGGCUGGGACAGACUAUAGCAGGAAAUGAUGAGCUUCAGUAAGAAAGGUUUUACUCCUCUAUUUUCUUUUGGCUUUCAAUAAUUGGGAUUCUGCAUUUGUAUGUGUAUGAAAGUAUGCAUAUAGAUGUAUAACAUAUAUAGCUAAAACUUCAUUUCCAAAUUGACAUGCCUUGCAAAGUUCUAUUUCAGUAAAUAUGUUAAGGUACCAGAAUAUCUAACCAAGCCUUAUUUCUUGUCAGCUUUAAGGAUUUUGCAAGGGGCUGGUGAUAGUUAAUGAAUUUUUAAAAUCUUGGGUCACAGAAUCAAAAGGACUUGUGUGAAAGGCAGUCUCUACUUUAGUAUUAAUAUAUUCCUACUGUUUGUGUCUGACCAAGUCAUGAAAAUGAGACAAACAGGAAUCUAAAACUAUAUAUACAAAAGGCACAUGCAACUGAGUAAAUAUUUAUGAUGCUUUCUCAUCAUUUCCAAGUUAAUCUCAUGGUUAUAUAGGUCUGCUGUGUAACUUUCAAAGAAGGAUUUUUAUCAUCAGGAGUAGCUGUUCAGACUAGAAGCAAUGACUGUGUAUAGAUCUAUGUGCGGAUGGUAGCCUGAGCACUCUUGAUUAUUCUCAGGUUAUCUUCUCGCUUGCGAAUCCAAAGUCUCAGUGAUCCUUCAGACAAAGUUAAUCCAUUGUGACUUUAUACAGCUAAAGCUACUCAGCUCUCUGUAUUUUCUUUUAAGAUCUCUAAUGUCUGUCUGAAGGGAUACCACUCUUAAGUAGUACUGUCACUUUGCAAUAUGAAAUGUUUAACUUUAUCUACAUCAAAUGUAAAAAAGCAAAAUCAAGUAAUAGAGUUGGUUUUGAGAAAUCCACAGGUGCUGGGAAAAUAAAUCAUUUAGAAUAUGUAUUUUAAGCCUGACUCUGUGAGAUUGAGUAUGAUUUGCACCAGCAAAGAGUUUAUUUUUGUGGCUCUAUUGUAAUAUUAUUAAUACUAAAGCGAUACAUGGAAAUAUCUGAUGUUUGGCUUUGCAGGAAGUAGCUGUUACUUAAAAUAUGCAUGGUUUUGGUAAAACUUCUUAAAAUAGAUUUUUUAAAAUAUAACCUUAUUAAUAAUUUGUCAUUUUUAGUAUUAAAGUAGCUGUCAUGCAGUAUCCUCUUGUGAGAAUAUUUUCUAGUGCUGUGUCAAUAUACUUCUGCAAUAGAUUUUCUUCAAGGACCUUAGAAUACCUUAUGGAUGUUAGUGAAUACACUGGCCCUCAGAAGUAGCAAAGAGAUGUUUUACCGUGGACUACCUUUACAGUCAUAGCUGCAUAUUAAAAUAGUCUUGAAACGUGUUACAUGUAAUUUGGAGCGGAAUGUAUUAUUCUUCUGACACAACAAAGAACAGACUGGUUUAGCUGAUGCCUUUCAGGAUACGUU